GAUUCCAAAAUGGAGUGUCUAGGAGCUCGAAACUUCACAGCAAUGGCCGUGUUUUCAUUUCCCGCGGGGAGGUCGAGGAGGAGAACACUGAGAACAAAAAAACAAGGAAGUCUUUCAAACAAACGGUGUCGUUUGUAUCAAGUGAGAGCAAGCAGUGCAGGUAGCGAUAGUUGUGUGGCCAUUAAAGAAGAAUUUGCUGAUGAUGAAGAUUAUAUAAAGGCCGGUGGCUCCGAGCUUCUUUUUGUUCAAAUGCAGCAGAAAAAGGCCAUGGAGAAACAGUCUAAACUCGCCGAUAAGUUGCCGUCGAUACCAAGUGGAGAUGAAGUAAUGGAUUUGGUGGUUAUUGGUUGCGGUCCAGCUGGUCUAGCUCUUGCUGCAGAAUCAGCUAAGUUGGGAUUAAGUGUUGGACUAAUAGGUCCUGAUCUUCCUUUUACCAAUAAUUAUGGUGUCUGGGAGGAUGAAUUUAAAGAUCUUGGACUUGAAGGGUGUAUUGAGCAUGUCUGGCGGGAUACUGUAGUAUAUCUUGAUGAUGAUGAUGAUCCCGUUCUGAUUGGUCGUGCCUAUGGAAGAGUUAGUAGACAUUUACUCCAUGAAGAGUUAUUGAGGAGGUGUGUCGAGUCAGGUGUUUCGUAUCUUAGCUCAAAAGUGGAAAGAAUUAUUGAAGCCUCUGAUGGUCAUAGUCUUGUAGCAUGUGAACAUGAUAUUGUUGUUUCAUGCAGGCUUGCCACUGUUGCAUCUGGGGCAGCUUCAGGGAAACUAUUGCAGUAUGAAGUGGGAGGUCCUCGGGUUUCUGUCCAAACAGCUUAUGGUGUGGACGUUGAGGUGGAAAACAAUCCAUAUGAUCCUAGUUUGAUGGUCUUCAUGGAUUACAGAGACUACAUGAAACAGAAAGUUCCUUGUUUAGAAUCUGAAUAUCCAACAUUUCUUUAUGCCAUGCCCAUGUCUUCAACAAGAGUUUUUUUUGAGGAAACUUGUUUGGCCUCCAAAGAUGCUAUGCCUUUUGACUUGUUAAAGAGGAAACUCAUGUCAAGGUUAGAGACGAUGGGAAUCCGAAUUUUGAAAACCUAUGAAGAGGAAUGGUCAUAUAUUCCAGUUGGUGGUUCCUUGCCUAAUACUGAGCAAAAGAACCUUGCAUUUGGUGCUGCUGCUAGCAUGGUGCACCCAGCCACAGGCUAUUCUGUGGUGAGGUCAUUGUCAGAGGCUCCAAAUUAUGCUUCUGUAAUUGCAAACAUAUUGAAACAGGACCAUUCUAAGGGCAAGCUUACUCGUAAAAGAAUUAAUGCAAACAUCUCAAUGCAAGCUUGGAAUACUCUUUGGCCACAAGAAAGGAAACGUCAAAGGGCAUUCUUUCUCUUUGGACUGGCACUUAUACUGCAACUGGAUAUUGAUGGCAUUAGGACAUUCUUCCAUACUUUCUUCCGCUUACCCAAUUGGAUGUGGCAGGGAUUCCUUGGUUCGAAUCUGUCCUCAGCUGAUCUGAUACUGUUUGCCUUCUAUAUGUUUUUUACUGCACCGAAUGAUAUGAGAAUGUGCCUUGUUAGGCAUCUAUUUUCUGAUCCAACUGGAGCAACUAUGAUAAGAACUUACCUCACAAUAUAGGCCUCAUCUUUUAUAUUUCUUCCCUUGCUUGGCUCUAUUUUGAAUUGCCAUUUAGAAACACGAGGAGCCCAUUCACGCCUGAAAUACAAGUAUUUGUGCAGAUACAUUUUGUUUGUUUGUUUGUAUAUUUCAUCACUUUGUCCAAAUAUAAUGACAACAUUGUUGUUAUUAUA